AUGGAUAAUAACCCGCCUCCACCACCCUAUUAUUCAGGAACUUUUAACGACCCGGGUAAUCCCACAAAAGAAGGAAUUCCUGUAUUUACACCACCACCAUAUCCACCACCACCACCAUCACAAUCAUACAUUAUUGGAGUUGGAUCUUUACCGAAUAAUGGACAACAACAACCUUCCAAUAUAUCACCACCUCCACCGCCACCUGUUAUGACUCGUCCGAUUCAUGUUUUUACACCUAAAUUCGGGCCUUACCCUCUUGAAAUGGAUUGGUAA